AUGCAUAUUCAGGCUGAAGUCAGCGACGGCCUGCGGGCUGUCACGGUGGAUGUGAGCAAUCGAGUGUGCGCCCUGGAGGCGUGCUCGAACCAUGGCGCACUGGAGGCUAUCGGCGUUAGCCUAGCAGGAGAGGUCACUGGGACAGGGCACAGCCACAACGGGACCGAGGAAACGUUGCUUUCGGCCUCGGACAAGUCAACGAUACGCUCAGGGGAGGCAACGCAGCCUGGAUCACCGAAAUGGAACCAGGUUGUGAAAAGACGUCCCCGUAGGGAGCUGCAGGCGGCGUUGACCAAACCAGCGGCUCCCAGGGUUGAACGCCCGACUCCUGGUAAUAGGAAAGGGGGCAGAACCGUUGUGGGCACUGGAAAGUCUGAGAGCAUCAAAAUGAUCAAAACCAAAUUGAGUGUUUGA